CCUGAGGAACCAGCCCCUAGGGGCUUGACGCCCUGAUCCCGGGUCGCUGGCCGGGGGCGGAGACGGGGACAGCGAACUGAGUGUGCGAGCGCCAGGGGUUCCAGCUGCACGUCCCAGGCUCUCCGGGGCGCUGCAGGGCGGGACAAGGAGAGCUGCGGGGAGAACGCCUGUGGCUGGGUCCGGAGGUGCGGGUGUGGCGCGGGACAAGCGGGCAGCAUGCUCAGGGCAGUCGGGAGCCUACUGCGCCUCGGCCGCGGGCUAACAGUCCGCUGCGGCCCCGGGGGGUCUCUCGAGGCCACGCGGCUGCCCGCACAGGCUCUUCCAACCCGGGGUCUCCCCAGCUACUCCAGCGGCGGGGCCCCCAGCAAUUCUGGGCCCCAAGGUCACGGGGAGAUUCACCGAGUUCCCGCGCAGCGCCGGCCUUCGCAGUUCGACAAGAAAAUCCUGCUGUGGACCGGACGUUUCAAAUCGAUGGAGGAGAUCCCGCCUUGGAUCCCGCCAGAAAUGAUAGUCACUGCAAGAAACAAAGCUCGAGUGAAAGCUUGUUACAUAAUGAUUGGCCUCACAAUUAUCGCCUGCUUUGCUGUGAUAGUGUCAGCCAAAAGGGCUGUAGAACGACAUGAAUCCUUAACAAGUUGGAACUUGGCAAAGAAAGCUAAGUGGCGUGAAGAAGCUGCACUGGCUGCACAGGCUAAAGCUAAAUGAUAUUAUAAAUUAACAAAGUGUUCACCUGAAUACCAUCCCUGUCAUCAGCAACAGUAGAAAAUGGGAAAAAAUUGAAUAUUUACCAAAAUAUCUGCCAUGGUUUUAUUUUGGUAACAAGAAGCACAACGUCUUUUUUAUUUUUACUUUUUAGUAAACUUUUACUGAAGUAUACGAUGCAUUCAAAAAGUGGACAAAAGUGUAUACAGUCUGAUAGAUAUUUAUGUCGUGAACACCUGUGUAACAACUGCCAAGGUGAAGAUGUAGAAUAUCGGCAACACCUCAGAGCUUCAUUCCUGCCUUUUCUCAGCCAUUACGUCCCAAACAUAGCAGUUUUUCUGACUUCCAUCACCUUUGAUUCAUUUUGCCUGUUUUUGAACUUUAUAUAAAUGGAUUUAUACAUUA